AUGAAUUCUACAACUAAAACCUGCACUGUUAUAUGUACAUGUUUAUCAUGUACCAAAAAUGCAAUUGGCGGAAUUUUGCAAAAUGCACAGACCUUUAAGCGUCAUAAUAAUGAUGAUAAGUUAUUAGACAUUGGCCCAAAAAAUCGAGUUAAUACAGAAGUUGUCGAAGAAGAGACAGACGUUGAGAUGGUAGAUGUAUCUGAAACAUCGAUUGAUUCCAAAACUACCGUACAGAGUGUACCUUUUUUGAGAGAAGACGAGAUUUUUCAAUUCGAAGAGUCUGAUGUUGAGACAACAUCAUUGGCUUCUGACAAUGACGAUCCUGAUUCAAGCGAUGAGUCUGAAGAUGAGAGCGAAGUUGAGGUUGCCGGUGUUGAAGAUUUUGAAGACAUGGUUGCUUCUGAAAUACUUGCCUUUGUAGUUGCUUCUUUGAAAAUUCAUGAAAUAUCUCAAACAAGCCAAUUCAUGGCUCUAUUUGGCAUUAUCUUUCAGGCGUUUUACUUGGUUCAAGCAGGUGGAACUGCUAUGUUGAAAUUCUUUUGCCAUCUUCUUGUUGCCUUUGAUAAGAAUGCCAAUCUCCCACUCACCAUUGAUGCAUUAAAGACUAUGACCGGCUUCAAUUUCAUGACAAAAAGCAUUGUCAAAUACACCGUCUGCAACAAGUGCUUUGCAAUUUACCUACCAGGCAAUCGCUAA